CGGUAAUUUGCGAAAUCAUCAUUCAGGAGCUGAUUGCUCUAUGUAUGUAGCAUCAACCAAACCAUGCUACAUUGAUUCAUAACGGACGCUAUACAGGUUAACACUAAGAAAUGUCCACUAAAAGACAAAGUAAUAAUUCGCCAUGGUAAAUUUUUUGAUUUUGUUGAUUCACAUCAUUACUAUGAAGAAGACGCCAUCCUUUCCUCUGCUGUCGAUACCAAGCUUAACCAUUGCUUAUGCAUCUACGAUCCACCGUACAAUAAGUAAUAUCAUAUGGAAGCGCCACGACAUAUCAUAUUAUAGUAAUAAAUAGUGAUUUCUGGGUUGUUGUAUUUCUACUAACAAAUACAAACAGUUUCCCGUAUAUUAUGUGCUUGCACAAUAUUUGGCAUGUUUCUGGC